AUGCCUGACGAAAAGGAAAAGUCUUUCUCAAUAUCUCGGUAUCUGCGUCCUGAACGUUUUGACGUGGAACCCGCAAUGGCCGGCUCAGACUUGAAAUGGAUUCAUUGGAAGUACUCAUUUGAAAAUUUUAUCGCACAGGAAGCCGCUUCGGCUGACGAUGCCCUUAAGUACAAACUCCUUGUAAACCAUAUCUCGCCAUCAAUAUUUAACUUCAUUCAAGCUUGCAUCGAUGCCAUGACCACUCUCAGUACCACCUAUGAAAAACAAAAAAAUAUUAUCUUGGCUCGGCAUCGCCUCGCUACUAGAAAGCAACAGCCUGGCGAAACGUUAGCAGAGUAUUCGAGAUCUCUUGCCAUACUUGCUCGUGAAUGUCACUUCAAAGCUGUUACUGCUAAUGAACACCAAAACGAAACCGUACGUAGUACGUUCAUUGCCGGAAUAUUGUCUCAGAAAAUAAGAGAAAGGUUGCUAGAAAAAUCUACUAUGUCUCUGGAAGAAACAUUGAAUCUGGCUACAUCUUUAGAAACUGCUGAAAAUACUUCACGACUACUAACAGUAUCAUCUCCAUCAACGUCUGCUGUUCCUGUUAACACGAUCUCUGAAACUCAAGCAUCGCAACCACAGCUCAACUUGGCAGCAUCAAAACCUCAAAAUUUUCAUCACAGUCGCCCUACGCAAAGUGACCGCCGAUGCUUUUUCUGCGGUGGCAAUGUUCAUAAAAGAAUCAAGUGCCCCGCUAAUAAUGCCCAAUGUCAACUUUGCUCCAAAAAAGGACAUUUUGCAACUGUUUGCCGUAGUUCAAGACCAGGUCAACGUACCGUAAAUGUUAUUACCAUGGACGAUGACGACGUUACUCAACCUCAAGUUACUGAUUCUCAUUUGUCAAUGAUAUCCGCUGCUGCGCCAUCAAGCCUACGUAAAGCUACCAUUCCAAUUACCUUGAACAACUAUCAAGCAGAUGCGCUACUUGACACCGGAAGUUCAAUCAGCUUUAUCGAUAAGAAUACUGCUCUAACCAUGAACCUUAAACGAAAGCCCUGUCGACAAGCGAUAACUUUAGCAUCUCUUAACAAUAUAUCAUAUGUUGAGGGACUAUGCUACGCUACAAUUCAGAUUGGUGAACAUAUAUACCAGCAUCAACCUCUGCUCAUUGUCGUUGACGACGACUCGUCGGACGAUGAAGAGCAAUUAGAAAUGGAGGAGGUCCCUUCCAACGAAGCUCCACCUGCUAGCCCAGAAGUGGAGAGUACACAAGUUCGUCGCUCUGUUCGAGAACGCAAACCUCCGGCCCACUUUCAAGAUUACGUCUCUUCA